GCAAAGGGGUUUACUCCCUAUCGCCUGCUCUAACUGAACGAGCCCAGCCAAUCGGAGCGAGGACUGACAGGAACGACCCAAUCCUAGAGCUGGACUGAGGUUGGGGCGGGGACAGUGGCCCGAGUGGACUUGGGACUGGCGCUGUCCUGGGGGAGCUGGGUUGUGGAUGCUGCUGGUUCUCGUGCUGCAGUACUGGGUCGUCAGGCAGCGCACCCUCUCUGUGAGGGGAAUCAUGAGCCGCUUCCUGAACGUGUUACGAAGCUGGCUGGUUAUGGUGUCCAUCAUAGCCAUGGGGAACACGCUCCAGAGCUUCCGAGACCACACCUUUCUCUAUGAGAAGCUCUACACUGGCAAGCCAAACCUUGUGAAUGGCCUCCAAGCCCGGACCUUUGGGAUCUGGACGCUGCUCUCGUCCGUGAUUCGUUGCCUCUGUGCCAUUGACAUCCACAACAAAACACUCUACCACAUCACGCUGUGGACCUUCUUCCUCGCCCUGGGACACUUCCUCUCGGAGUUGUUCGUAUUUGGAACAGCAGCUCCCACAGUUGGUGUGCUGGCACCCCUGAUGGUGGCAAGUCUCUCCAUCCUGGGUAUGCUGGUUGGGCUCCGGUAUCUAGAGGCAGAACCAGGAUCCAUACAGAAGAAGAGAAACUGAAACUGAGGCCAGCCUUGCCACCUCCAAAACAUCAUUGUUUUCCGCCUUGGCUGUCUUCAUUCUUCAUCCUAUGUCCUUACAUCAUUUCUUUUCAACUGUGUCCUUAGUUCCUUCAUCUAGGUUCAGCAUCUUUAGCUUUUGGGGUUUGGGGUUUUUAAUGUUUUUAAAUAUUUAAGAUGUUCAUACAGAAAACUUAUGUAACAUGUAUAUAUAAUUUAGAGUCAUCUAAGAAAUAUUCUGUUACAUUAAUCAAAGUUAAGAAAUCCUCAGAGCCGGACGGUGGUGGCGCACACCUUUAAUCCCAGCACUUGGGAGGCAGAGGCAGGCAGAUCUCUGUGAGUUCGAAACCAGCCUGGUCUACAAGAGCUAGUUCCAGGACAGGCUCCAAAACCACAGAGAAACCCUGUCUCGAAAAACCAAAAAAAAAAAAAGAAAAAAAGAAAUCCUCAGAAGCCCCCCACACACGCCCAUGUGCCCUCCCCUAGCUGGCUCCCUUUUCUGGUCUUUCACUUUUUCCGUUUAUCGCCGUUCCUUGCUUUGACUUGUGUGGUGGGAACAUGAGAACUGUGAACUCAAGCUGCUGCCUGCCCAGAGCAGCUGCGACCAAGGGCUGCUUCCAGGGAUUGUCCACACAUACGGGCUUCUUUCUGCUGCUGGACCCCAAGAUUCUGACCAUCCAAGGGACAGGCAGCUCUUCCGAGAAGGGCUGCCCUCCGUGUGAGCAGGACCAGGCUUCUCUUUUAUCUACAGUUGGAUAAAGGUUGAAAGAGUCUGGACUGUUUUUAGACCUUUCGGUCAGUUGUAUUUGUGUAAUGCAUUUUAUAAUAAAUAGAAAAACCUUCUAUUCUGA